AUGCAAGCCGCAUGUCGUCGUGUACGAGUGGCAGCACUUGCUGUUGCAGUGGCGACUGGGAGAGAGGUGGCGGCUGCUGCGGUGGGGAGUGUGCAGGGGACGUGGGCGGAGGAGGGAGGAGACGGGGUAGUGGGAGGAGACGGGAGGGCAGGGGAGUGGGGAAGACGAGGGAAGGUUGGGGGAGAAGGUGUGGUGAGGAGCGUUGCGGCUGGGUUGCACUGGAGGGAUGUGUACGACCUAGGAGUGAUGCUGCUGGAGUUGGUAUCAGGCCGACCGGCAGUGGUAACUCAAGCCAACGACCUUGCACUAGCUGCUGCUGCUGCUUCUGCAGCUGCGGCUGCUUCUGCUGCUGCCGCCGCUGCUGCUGGUAGUGGUGGUGGGGUUUCUUCUGCUGCAGCAAGUGGUGAUGCAGCGGCGGCCUCUGUCUCUGCGUUCUCCGCGCUCCCCAUUCGCUUGUGGGCGCUGCUGCUGCUGCAGGCACGGGAACCGCGAUUACUGGCAGACCCGCGCCUGAGGGUGUGGGGCGAUGAGGGCUCACAGGUGCAGCAGGGGGAUUCGCCUACUGAGCUCACACAGGAGGGGGAUUCUCCUGCGAAAGAGCAGCCAGCUGCUCUAGAGGCGAAUGUGAGUCCUGUGGACGGGCAGCAGCAGCUGAGGGAAUUGCUGGGGCGCCUAGCGAGGCUGGAUGGUGGUGCGGCUUACCCUGGUGCAGCUGGGGAAGGAGGAGCAGAGGUGGGAGUAGCAGGGGCAGCGGCAGCGGUUACUGGGGAGCGAGGCAGCAGCAGUGUGGAAGGGAUAGUGGCUGAGAAGGUGGGUGUGUGCAGGGGGGCUGAGGCGAGCGCUGCGCUGGCGGCAGCCGCGGAGGCGGCAGCAGUGGCGGCGGUGGUGCGCGUUGCAAUGCGGUGCACGGCGGACAAGGAGCGGUCGCGGCCGUGCAUGAGCAAGGUGCUGGGCAGGCUGAUGACCAUUCGGAAAGAGCUGCUGGAAGGUUUGGCUAGUGCUGCUGCUGGUGCUGGUGGUGCUGCUGGUGCUGGUGGUGGUGGUGGUGCGGUUGGUGGUGGGGUUGGUGGUGGGAGUAGUGGUCUUGAGAGGAAUGGAAAGGAAGAAAGUGGGAAUGGUGGUGGUGCUUCUGGUGGUGGUGGGCGGGUUGAAGGGGAGGUGGUGGGGGGCCAGCAUGCGUGUGGUGGGAGUGCGUCGAGGUGGUAUGAGAGGCGGAGUCUGAGCAGGAGCAUGCACCGGGGGCUAAGGAAAGCGUUCAGUGAGAAGGAGAGGGAGAGAAGGCGAAGGGAAAGGGGGGGAGAAGGUGGAGGGGGUGGUGCAAGCACGGAGGUGGAGGAAAAGAGAGUGAGGAAGGUGAGGCGGGCGGAGGCAGAGAAGAGGCGAGCAGCGAGAGGGCCGGGAGGCAGUGGGAGGAAAUGGCUGGCGGGCGUGCAGACGGAAAUGCAGAGGGAGUAG